AUGGAGAGCACUGCUGAGCAAAAGGAGGCAUUGAUGCAAGGCCUCCAAGAUGGUGAAGCACAGUUGGAGCAUGUCGUGAAGAGCAUGGCAUCUUUGCGGGCAGAGUUUGGAGAACGUCAUGCUAUGCUUGAGGAACGCUUCUCGCGUUCCCAGAACCGAGUUGCUCAGGAGAUCGGAGAGCAGCGUGUUCAGAUCGUUCACACAGAAAGUCGGCUCCAAGAGCUCCAAGAGCUCCAAGAGGCCAUGGCCAACGCCAAGGAGGAAGUCGAAGAUGCUGUGCAGAGAAAUAUGGAACACGUGGAGAACAGGUUGCGUGGAGUCUCCAGGUGCUUGCAGACACUCUACAGGAAGGUAGGCCUGUCUGCCCGGGAAGCUUUGGCGGUCCAAGACGUGGCAGUGGUGUCAACCGAGUCAGAGGACGUAUGGGUUGGACCCGGAUUCUGUCAGCUGAGAUCCCAUGGCCGCAGCUCUUCACCGCGUUGUCAAUGGUAG